AUGUCUAGUGCGGAAGAAAGUGACAAGACUGGAUCUGUGAACCGCGAGCCGCAGAUAUCUUCUGAAAUAGUUGUCAAGUUCAGACCCCAUGUCACCCUGACCGAGGCAAAGAAUAUGGUAUUUGUCGAGGAUAAUACAAGAACAGUCCCAGUACCAAAAGUAUUUGCCUACUACACUCACGGGCCAUUUGAUCGAGAUGCGGAUGACUAUGGGAGUCUCUAUGAUACAUAUAUCUUCAUGAGCUUCAUAGAGGGUCAGAGCCUCGACAGGGUGUGGGAGACAUAUGACAGUAUCACGAAAGCCCAAAUUUCCACCCAACUCAAGGACUAUAUCGGCGAGCUUCGCCAGAUCGGGAAUGGCAAUGGGAGCUAUUAUAUUGGAUCGGUUGGUCCUGGGCCUGUUACAGAUCCAAUCUUGGAGAACUAUGACAACAAGGGGCCAUUCACUUCAGAAGAUGAAUUCAACAAUACCCUUGUCAAAGCAUAUCAAGCACAGGCACCUAAACGUCAUAUUAAGAAUCUCCUGUCUGGGAUGCUUUCCCAGAGGAAACACCGUACGGUCUUUACUCAUGGAGACCUACGUCUCGCUAAUAUC